CUCAAAGAAAAUGAACGGCACCCUGGACCACCCAGACCAACCGGAUCUUGAUGCUAUCAAGAUGUUUGUGGGCCAGGUUCCAAGGACCUGGUCAGAGAAGGAUUUGAGGGAACUGUUUGAACAGUAUGGUGCUGUCUACGAAAUCAACGUCCUAAGGGAUAGGAGCCAAAACCCUCCUCAGAGCAAAGGGUGCUGUUUUGUUACAUUUUACACCCGAAAAGCUGCAUUAGAAGCUCAGAAUGCUCUUCACAACAUGAAGGUCCUCCCAGGGGUAAGAAAGCUCCUACUAAUGCAUCAUCCUAUACAGAUGAAACCUGCCGACAGUGAGAAGAACAAUGCAGUGGAAGACAGGAAGCUGUUUAUUGGUAUGAUUUCCAAGAAGUGCACUGAAAAUGACAUCCGAGUCAUGUUCUCUUCAUUCGGACAGAUCGAAGAAUGCCGGAUAUUGAGGGGACCUGAUGGCCUGAGCCGAGGUUGUGCAUUUGUGACUUUCACAACAAGAGCCAUGGCACAGACAGCUAUCAAGGCAAUGCACCAAGCACAGACCAUGGAGGGCUGCUCUUCCCCCAUGGUGGUAAAAUUUGCUGAUACACAGAAGGACAAAGAGCAGAAGAGAAUGGCCCAGCAGCUCCAGCAGCAGAUGCAGCAAAUCAGCGCAGCAUCUGUGUGGGGAAACCUUGCUGGUCUAAAUACUCUUGGACCCCAGUAUUUAGCACUUUAUUUGCAGCUCCUUCAGCAGACUGCCUCCUCUGGGAACCUCAACACCCUGAGCAGCCUCCACCCCAUGGGAGGGUUAAAUGCAAUGCAGUUACAGAAUUUGGCUGCACUAGCUGCUGCAGCUAGUGCAGCUCAGAACACACCAAGUGGUACCAAUGCUCUCACUACAUCCAGCAGUCCCCUCAGCGUACUCACCAGUUCAGCAGGGUCCUCACCCAGCUCCAGCAGCAGCAGCUCUGUCAAUCCCAUCGCCUCCCUUGGAGCCCUACAGACACUAGCUGGAGCAACAGCAGGCCUCAACGUCAGCUCUUUGGCAGGGAUGGCUGCUUUAAAUGGUGGGCUGGGCAGCAGUGGCCUUUCUAAUGGCACUGGGAGCACCAUGGAGGCCCUCACGCAGGCCUACUCGGGGAUCCAGCAAUAUGCUGCAGCGGCGCUCCCCACUCUGUACAACCAGAACUUGUUGACACAGCAGAGUAUUGGUGCUGCUGGAAGCCAGAAGGAAGGUCCAGAAGGAGCCAAUCUGUUCAUCUACCACCUGCCCCAGGAGUUUGGAGACCAGGACCUGCUGCAGAUGUUCAUGCCCUUUGGGAAUGUCGUGUCUGCCAAGGUUUUCAUAGACAAGCAGACAAACCUGAGCAAGUGUUUUGGUUUUGUAAGUUACGACAAUCCUGUUUCGGCUCAAGCUGCCAUCCAGUCCAUGAACGGCUUUCAGAUUGGCAUGAAGCGGCUUAAAGUGCAGCUCAAACGUUCGAAGAAUGACAGCAAGCCCUACUGAGCGUGCUCCCCUCUGAGACUGGAGUGAGAGGGUCUUCUGGCACAGCUUGCCCUGAAGACUCGGCUACUGCCUUCUGUGGGAAUUUCGCUUCGUACAGAGGACAAGUUUGUGCUUUGGUUUCCAGUGUUUUACUUUGGAGUUUAGGUGCCAUAUCCUGAGUUUUUUUUCUUUAUUUAAAAGUUUGCUGUGUUUGUAACCAGUGUGUUGAGAAGGACCAACAUCAAACUGCCCUGGGGGAGGAGGGGGAAUGGAGAAACAUUAAAAAAGAAGAUCAGAAUUUGCCCCAAACUACCCAAAGAGAGAGGACUGAGUGAAACAAAAAAUUGACCCCCAGAAUCUUCCUGAGCACGAGAGUGAGUGAAAUGAGAACUGACAUCCAAGAGCUUUUGGGGGGCGGAGGAGGUGGGGUUGUCUUUGGAGAGUGAGAGUGACUUGACACCCAGCAGCCCUGGGAGCUGGAGGCUGAAACUCCUCCAUAGCUGCCUUCUGUGGAAAUACUGAGUUCUUGCCACCUAAUUUUUAGAUUCUUGUCUGGGAUUUCUGCCCCUCUUUCCUAAGAAGAGGCUAACAAUUCUCUGGAAAUAAAGCACCUGUUAAAUUAGCCUGAUAUGUGCAAAAAGCAGGGAUAUAUCACCCAUUACCAGCUUUCCCAGCCAGCCACUGGUGUUGGAUUGGCCCUGCCCUCCUGGCUGGUGGCUGUUAGGAAGCAGCAGCCGGUCAAAGAGGUCGUUUUUAGUUUACUUCAACACCAAACUAUUAGACCGUGGCCCAUUUCUACCAGGUCCCUUUAAAGAAGGCCUCUGGGGAAGACACUGUCUGGUCUCUUCUUUAUAGUUGACCACAGCGAGGAAUGUCUCUUCCAUCCCCAGCCACAGGUUUCUCACGAGGGUAGAUCCAAGAAGGGCUUACAGCAUCUAGGUGAAGGGAGCACCUCUCCUGAGCAGACUGACCAAAAGCCAUCACGCUGGGGGAGGAGAAGCCUGCUUCUUGGUGUACCUGAAUCGUAAGGUCCCGUUAAGCCAGUGCUGCGUUUGCCAGUGGCCAGCACUCAGCACUUAAAAGGGUUAAGAAAUCCAUGUUUGCCUCCUUGGUUGAGAUGUCCCAGAUGUAGUGUCAAAACGGAGGCAGGCCCCUCUUCUGCCCGCUCCAGCCCCAUCUUCUGCUCUUGGCGACAGAGGAGACAACAGGACGUUUACAACCUCCAUAUGGAUUUAGUGUUCAUUUACCUCAGCAUCACCGUGUUCGUUUUUGUCCUCGUGCUUACAGUUAGCUCCCUGCUGCCUCCCCCAGGUCUCACUGCAGCCCUUGCCUGUGACCCACACAGCCUCUGGGCUCUGCCUCUGCUCCCAGAAGUGCUGCGGGGGCAGAGAGCCAGAAAGAACACGCUGUUGGGAAUGUGUACCUGGGCAGAGGUGGCCCUGUUAAGAUACGAUCUUAGCCAAGGCUAGGGGCCGGGUCCCUGGGAUCUUAAACCUCACAAACAUCAGUCCUGACCCUUAGCAGCAGAGGUGAGAUUAAAGGGGUUGGUUGGCUAUUAAGUCAGAUGGGGGCUCUCUCCUUGUCAUGCUGUCCAUUUGGGCCACAGACAAGGAUUGACUGUCUUGCUGUUGUGCAGGUAGUUGGUGGUGUUGGAUUAUCCCAUUGAAGCUGGGACAGCUGUUCCCUUCUCAUAGUGAUAACUUGGGUCUGUUGUCCUCUAAGAAACGUGAAACGUACUUCUUAAGCUGAACCACGUAAACUUGAAUUCCACGCACUGGGAGAAAUGUGUCCUGUGUUUCAAGGAUAAAACUGUUCCAAAGGCUUCCAGGGUCAUGAUGGGAUUUUUUAAAUAAAUGCAAAAAAUAAAAAUAAAAAAGAAAAAAGACAACAAAAAAAGAAAAAAAUGCUAGGUUGGGGAGGCGCUGUUCUGAAUCCCAACCAGCUGGAACCAAGAAUGUCGUUUCUAUUUUUAUAGAAGUUUUAUACAGCUCCGGGGUGGAGAAUAUUUAUUACCUAAAUUAUAUCUCUGGAAAAGGCCAGGAUUUUGUAGAAUCCAGAAUGUGAUUGUUGUACACACAGGGUGCUGUGUAUGAUUGAAACUACUGACUUUCUGUGGCCGUUUGCAGCUCAGCUAAUCUGCCAGAGGGGGAAGGAGUUAAUGCUGUGAAUUGGCGGAGGAGAGAGCUGUGCUCCCCAGGGUGCUGCCGGUGCUGUGAUCGCUAACCUGUUCUGUCUUCCUCCUUGGCCAUUGUGGGGCUUUCCAAAGCCCAGAACUCCACUCUUCUUCCCACUUUCUUCCCUUUCUCUCCCUCCUCCCCCAGUUCACUAUUAUUUGUACACGAUUUGCCCUGGGCUCCAGGACCUUAUGAAACCCCUUCCCUGUUGACAUGAAAGGUAAAGGUGUAAUCAGCCCACUUUGAUACCACACUCUGAGGUUUCAUACCUGCUUGUGGGUUCUUGUUUCUAAAAGGAGCGUGCACCUCAGCAGGGUCCGGGCUGCCACAGCGGCCAGCUGGUGAGCCCAGGCGCUUCCCUCUGUUCUCUUGUCCCCCGCCCAGCGAAUUCCCACAGCAGUGCCGCCCUUGAGCACAGUUCUCUCCCUAGGCCAAAGAUGGUUUUGUGAAGAAGCUGCUUCCCUACAAGUCUCACGGUGUGAAAGCGUCAGCUCGGAGAGGGGAGACUCGCAGUCAAGUCUUAAGCAGCCCUUUUCUGUUGUGUGGGGGUCUCACGUGUAUAAGUGUUUUCUGCUGUAGUUCUGUUUCUUACUUGGGUUUCAUCAUGAAAGUGAUUUACCUUGAAUGCAGCCAGACACUGUCUCCUGGGUCCAACAUGAGUGGCCAGGGCCUGCGUGGAAGCUAAGAGCUUGGAUUUCCGGGAACAAAGGGCCAUCCCCGUAGGAUUGAGGACAAAUCCUGGCCCUCUUCCCUAAAGAAUUCUCCCCACCCCAGCCUGCAGCUUUGACUUUCUCCCUGAGUCUUGACCAGGAGUUGAGGGAGAGGCUGAGGCUCUGCUCCACCAGAGAGACCUUUUCGGAUGUGUUUGGGCGCUUCUUGGGAAAUCCAAGCCUUAGGUUCCCUCUGUCUCUGGCAGUUGGAUGUUUACUCGGUGUCCUCCAUGUCCUUUUUUGACUUUUCCCUGUGUCCAUUGUUAGCAUGUGCGAAAGUUCCCUGUCAUUACCCAGCCCCUACCCCACCCGCCUCCUCAUUUCAGGGCUGUACAACAGUGAGUGUUCCUGUUCUCUCUCUCUUUGUUUGGAUGUAUUGCUCUGUGUAACUCAGUGGGUCUCCCUCUUUCUGGUUUGUUUUUUUUUCUAGAUUCCUGCCGUUUGUUCAUCGUUGUGCCUAAAGCAUGUCGAUGUGGCGUCAAGUACAUCGUCCAAAUCCCUGUCUCUUCAGCUUCUCUGAUGCUUGAACUCUCACCUUUGACCUUGUGUUGACCUUUGAUGCUGACGUGUAUUUUUAUUAUGUUUGUUUCUUUCUUUGUUUUUUCUUUUUUCUUUCCUUUUUUUUUUCUUUUGUGCUGCCAAAUUGGUUUUGCUAGAACGACUGCUGAAGGGGAAAUAUUUAAACUUGCAUUUGAAUAUAAAAAAAAUCUAUUUUUCUAGAACUUCAUAAGAUAACCACUUGAUUUUGUGAUUCCAAUUCUUUGUAAUUGUCUUCAGAGCAGCCCUACUAGCACAUACCGCGUGGUGUUUGUAUUUCUGUGAACACACAGCCAGUCUGUUUCUAGGCUUUGUUUCUCUGUGUGCUUAGUUUUAAAGACAACUUUGAAGUAAACAAUGAAAUAAAAGAUGUCACUAAAACCUUUGAGGCUCCUGAGCACAUUUUGCUGAUAUAGUUUGUGGGGCUUGAGGAGACCGCAUGUGUUUCUAUUUUUGUUUUUCUGAGUUCUCAACUGCAGAAAACACCUGAACCCUUUUUCCUUUUUGACCACCGGCUGCAGUUUGGGCCCCAGCCAGCCCUUUUUCUUUUGUGGUUCUUCCCUGGAGCAACCCUGCCGGGAGUCUGCAGAUCCUUCUGGCCCCUUCCCCUCAGCCCUGCUGUGCCCACCUCCAUGCUUCUUCCUACAGUCUCCACAGCAAAAUGUGAUGCUUUGAUUUUUUUGUUUUUGUAUUGUUUUUGUGUUUUUGUUUUGAAUUUUUUCCUUUCCUACUAAGAUUAUGCCCAGAAAAAACAAGUUUUGCAUGUUUCCUGCUGUUUCUUCACACCUUCGUAUAUAUCACCUUCACCUCUCUGUUUUCUAUAGUUUGUGCAGAAACUGACCGGUUUAAAAGGGUUUCAAAGAAGCUGUUUUAAAUUGUUGUGGGGUUAAUUUUUUUUUCCAAGAUUGUAUUAUUUUUAUUUUGAAGUGGCAACUUUCUCCUCUAUUGCCCUUAGAGCGUUUGCCUGUGCACUUAGACUGUCACCUCAUACGGCCUCCGGGUCUCGGCGGGGCCUUCAGGAGGCCGGUUGCUCUGCUCAGAGGCGGGUGGGAAGGGGGUCCAGAGAGGCACAGGGGCAGAGGUAGAACUCAGAAGGCGGCUGUGGGCGGGCGAGAGGCUAGUGAGCACCCUCAGCGCCGAAGAAGGAGGGCGCUCUUAGCCACUCGCAGGAGGCCGUCUGCGCCCCAAGUGGCAGUACAUCUGCAGCGCUUCUCCUAGGUGACAAGCACAAUACUACAGUCUUCACACUGUUUACAGCCCUGGGCACCAGCCACCCCACACUGGCUCCUCACUGCAGCUCGGCUCUUGCUCAGCUCGUGGGGUGGGGGUUAGGGCGGGUUUGGUUUUGUUUUCGUUUUUGUUUUGUUCUGUUUUGUUUUAAUUGGGUGAAGAGCCAAAUAGCUACUGUCCCUGGGUGCCAGGCAAGCCAGUUCCUUGGUUCCCUGAGGGGAACUUGCCCUCCUCUCUUGUGGCGCCAUCCAGCCUCAGGGUCUUAGGGACUUGAGUAGGAAUGUGAAGGGCAGAGGGAGGGGUCAGAGGAGGUGAGAGGUCACAAGGUGGAUCUGUGGAGGUAAGAGGUUGCAGAGGGAGGAGUUUGGGAUAGAUCCCACCCAGGCCUAAGCUGCUGGUGGGUGAGAGAGCUGCGAAGUAGGAUUUCCAGGGAAGGAUGGAGAGGGGUAGCCGAGGGACUGGGGGGCGGGGGGUGGGAAGGUAGAAGCACUGUUAGCGUCCUCUACGCUGGGGUUGAUAAAGGAAGGGAUCUCGGCAGAGUUUCUGCUCCGGGACCUGGCAGGUUGCCUAGUAUUAUGCUUGAAGCCACUCUUACUAGAAGGAAAGGGCGGCCAGGUGGAGGUCCAGUGUACGGUAGGCUGCUUAAUUUCUUCGAAGGGGUGAUUGGAUGGAAAGAGGCCAGGAACCCCAGCCUGAGCGAGACUGCCGUGCACCCCACAGUCUGACUGCACAGAGCUGCCUCUGUUGGCAGAAGGCGCUGAGGCUCCCCUUCCUGUGUAUUCAGAACCCAUGUUUGCCAAUAUAUUUUGCUUUCAAUUCCAAGAGGAGCUCUGGGAAAACCUGUGGAUAAAACCAAAUGCCAAACGUUGGACGUUGUUUCCUUUUCCUUUUCUCUCUCUGAUUGUUUUAAUUGUUCUGUGGUGGUUUUAAUGGAUUUGAGACCCUGGAGCGGCAGCUGCCUUUCUGAUUUCCAGCUGCUUUUUGUGAAUAAUUUAAAAAGAAAAAAAAAAAAAGAAACUUUACAUUUUGGAGACAAACCUGUGUGAGUUUUUUAUUGGUACAAACGUUGUAUUUAACACUAGGGGUUUUGUACAGUUUUUUGCCUUUUCUACUAGAAAACAAUGUAAAGUGAUUUCACAAUGUGAAGAGAAAAAAAUUGCCACUAUGACCAAACGCACAGUCUGUUCUGCAGCAACAAUGGGAUUCAAUCAACUCAAAGUCGUGAUUCAGCCGUAGAAAUGCUUUUUCUUUACCUUGUUUGAGCUUUUCCUUUCUUUUCUGUUUUGAUUUGCAAAAGAAAAUGUCUUUUUUGUGUGAACUUGUGUUGUACUAUGUAGAAAAUUAUGGAUUUUACUUUAAUGGUUUAAAAAAAAAAAGGCAAGAAGAGCCCUUGUCGCUUUUCUGACCUGAUCACAGAGUUUGUGUAGUGGAUUAAAAAAGAAAAAAAAUUGUUACCAGUUUGGAGCAAGGGAGUAUGUGUCUAAAAGGAAUCUCCUUCCUUUUCUGUGUGUUUUUCCUUUUGUCCCAAUAGGGAACCUAAAUCUGUUUUAAUUGCACAGACACACGGACAAAAAGUCAUUUUGUAUCUGCCAAGUGUGGUACCUUCCUUUGUUUAUUUGCUAUUAAACUGUUUGAGAAGAACUGA